AUGGCGAAGACUCCUAUGCAUCCUACAUGUAUUUUGGAGAAGGAUGGUGAAAGCAAAAAGGUAGAUCAGAAAGUAUACAAAGUUAUGAUAGGUUCUCUCUUAUACUUGAAUGCUUCUAGGCCUGACAUAUUAUUCAGUGUAUGCUUAUCUGCUUGCUUCCAAUUAGAUCCUAGAGAAUCUCACUUAACAGAUGUUAAGAGGAUUUUUAGGUAUCUGAGAAGUACUACUAACCUUGAUUUGUGUUAUAGAAAAUCCAAUGAAUACAAGUUAGUAGGUUAUUGUGAUGCUGACUACGCUGAAGAUAGACUUGAGAGAAAAAGUACUUCUGGAGGUUGUCAAUUUCUAGGUAAUAAUCUUAUCUCAUGGUCCAGUAAGAGAUAG